CGUUCAGACGAGGAAGGAAUAGAGGAGAACGACACGAGUGAAGAAGACGACGAUGUGCUGAUGCAAAAUUCAUUGAAUGUUGCUAGGAACGACAGGAAUGAUGAUAGGAAUCGCUAUGAACAGCCAAGGCAGCAACACGCCACAACGUCCACGAAUGUCUUAUUGGCCACAUCGACUCCCUCGGUUCCUCGAUGCGCAUUGCUGCGUUCACCAAUUGUGUCCACAUCGCCUAAAUACAACAACACUGCCGCAGCGUAUUCACCACGAAAUUCGAUCGUUGACAGUGGUAACAGUUCAGUGGCUUGUGGUGCUUCUGAACUGUUGAUGUUGCAACACAAUGAUGCUAGUGCUAGAACUCCACGAUUCUGUGAUCGUAGAAGUGCACAACGCUCAUCGUUGACGUCAAAUUUGGCCGCGAGAGCAUCGAAAUUUGCGUUUCGUUCAGCGGGCGUUUCCUCGUCGAUGAAACAGCAUCGUACUCAUUCACCACUUGCUGCACGUCUACAACGUCUAGGUGAGAGAAACACUCGAAAUUUUGGCUGUCAGAUGAGACACAUGACGUUUGAGACAUGA